GCAGCAGCGGCAGCAGCAGAAUGGUCCAUAAGCACCCGCCCACACUCACACACAAACCCCACAUACAUACCCCUCCAGAUAGGUACAAAGCGCUCUCUUUUCUCCCUCUAAACCAACUGCUGUCUCAAAGAAGCUCGAGGAAAGCGCAUGCAUGUCAAGCAAACGAGGUAUCUAACGCACUUUACGGCAUUUCGCAGUCGUUUAGUGGUCGGAAGCUGUGCGCAUUGAUGGAGCAGUUACAUUACACAGACGUCGUCGGGCAGAUUUGAAAAACAUCGGCCGGGGUGUCCGAGAUGCACGGUGGCUAUCGCGAAGCGCCCAUCUGUAGUGAUACCGGCCGGGUUUUAUCAUGGUUUUUAGACGGUCAGCUCGGAGAAUGCGGUGGCUGGGGUGCUAUAGACUGAGGCCGAUAUGGAAAGCAGUUCUGGUAUUUGCUGUCAUUGCUUUUGCGGGACAGCUUUUGGGAGUUAUCUUUAAUAAAAGUUGGGUGCAGCCAGAGAGGCCUCGAUCCCUCUUUGCUUUUCCCUCUGAGAAUUCCCAAGGGUCCUCUCUAGGAUCGUGUCAACCUCACACUCACAUCAUGUUUUUGAAGACUCACAAGACAGCCAGCAGCACUGUUCUCAACAUGCUCUACCGGUUUGGAGAGGAGCGGGGCCUAAAAUUUGCCCUGCCUGUUGGGUACCAAUUUGGCUACCCGCUUCCCUUCAUUGCCCAAAGGGUGAAAGGAUACAGAGGUCCUCACGUGGAAGAAUUUGACAUCAUAGGAAAUCAUAUGCGGUUCAACAAACCAGAGGUUGAAAAGGUCAUGCCAUCUGACACCUUCUAUUUUUCUAUCCUUCGAGAUCCUGUGGCUUUAGCCGAAUCCUCCUAUGCCUACUACAAAAAUGUUGCCCCUGCAUUCAGGCGUGCCAAAGGCCUUGGUGAUUUUGCAGAUAACCCCCAUAAAUACUAUGACCCCAGACUCCGAAACAACCAUUAUGCUCGCAACUUGCUGUGGUUUGACUUUGGUCUGGAUCAUAAUGCCAACUUCAGCAUACCGCUGGCCAAGCGUGGUGUGGCAGCAGUGCGUCGAAACUUUAAGCUUAUCCUCCUUUCAGAGUAUUUUGACUAUUCUAUGGUUCUGCUCCGCCACGCUCUCUGCUGGCCCCUGGAUGCUGUGGUUUCUUUUAGCCUAAAUGCCAGACAGCAGGUGUCAAGUGUAAGGUCUGGAUGGGUGGGUAAGGCUGCACUUCCAGCCCCCUUGGCUUUAACAGAUGAGCAAAGACUAAAAUUACGAGAAUGGAAUUCUCUAGACUGGUACCUUUACCAAGCUCUCAACCUCACUUUCUGGGAGGAAAUAGAUCGCUUCGGACGUAGCCGAAUGGAGGCUGAGGUAGCCUUGCUGAGGACCAGACGGGAAGUUCUCGCUCGUGCUUGUUUACGUGACGGUGGCCGGCCUGUAGAAGCCAGUCGCAUCCGGGACAAGACCAUUCGUCCCUUCCAGAGUGGAUUAGUGAAGAUCCUAGGUUACGAGCUGCAGCCCGGACUAGACAACGCCACGUGGGAAGCUUGCCUGCGUAUGAUCCGGCCUGAGAUUCAGUACAAAGACUUAUUAGAUCUACGCCAGUUCCCACGAGCCCAACAACCCCCAGGGCCAGACACUGUUGCUGGAGGAAUUCAAGUACUUAGGGAGUCCUUAAUACUCAGGACUGAAGACCAAGCGGGAAAGAGAUUGGUCGAAAAAGACUGGGAUGGGACAGUAAUGCUUCGAAAUCAUUCUUUAGAACAUGCUGAUUCGAGAGUAAGGCUUAGAUAGUGAGCUUGUAACACCGUUUUUGCCUCAAAGUCAGAAUGAGUUCUGACCCUUAUUUGGCUCCAUUGGGCCUCUGUGCUGCACUACAAAAGGUGAACGGAUGUCCAAGACUUAAGCUUUAGGUGUGCUUCAUUUUUUCACCUGCCGUUACGUCUCGUGUAUGGUUGAGCGUUGUUGAACGUUUCAAAAUAUGCUCCACUGGACGCGUUUGAUGCAUGUGGACAAGGACUGCUUUGUUGUACUCCAUCUGACCUGCAGAAGACCGCACGCUCUGCUGCUAAUGAUAUUUGAACGAGACGUAGCGGCAAAGGGAAAACCAAAGCAUGCUUUUGGCUUUACAACACACCGAUUUGCCACCGACUCUUCCUCGUCUUGUUCUUCUACAUUCUGUUUUAUACAGUGCAAGGUUUUGCAGUGAAGAAGAGUGUAUAUGGGUACAAUAAAGCUACUGGAGGAAAAAAAUGGUACACAGAUGCCUGACAGUGGCCAACAGAUAUGGCUCCAUAUUUAUGUGAGGUUGAUGUUGUGCAUGAGUAAAGUGAGAAAAUUCUCUCAUGAUUUUUCUUGCACAAACCUAAACUGAGUCUCAUAAAAAAAUGCUAAUUUACAAGAAAACAUAUCAGAUGCACUUAUAGGGUUUUGCAACUGAGCUCUUCAAUUAGAAAUGCAACCGAAUUUGAAGACACACACAUUUACUCCAUGAAAAAUGCAAUAAAAGUGUGCACCAGAGUGGUCAGAAUUUAUAUGGGUACAUGUUUAAGAGGGAUCCUAAUAGUGUUUGUUUCAAGAAAGACAUGGCUAACUUUUCUUUACACACCACACAUUAAGUAAAAAAAGCAGGCACGCUGUAGUCACAUAGCUGCUUUGUGACUCACUGUAAAAAAACUAUCAUGACUCUUCACAUGAGUCUGGUAGAAUGACAUCUCUAGCUUCUAACACUGUGAAAUAAUAAACCAUUCAUGAAAGACAAAUGGGGUUGUACUGUAGCUCCCAAUUGGGGCAAAUGCACUUCUUGUUACAGUAGAUUUACCUCCUUUUAUUUUUGAUGUUUUGAAUAUAACAUCUAGACCAAAUUUUAAUGGAUGGUGAAUGUUCAUUGGUAAGGUAAAUGCUGUCAUAUCUGGACAGACAAAAUGGUUAUUUUGCCUUACAAUUAAUACUUUAGUGAAGCAGUGCUUUAAGAUAAAAGCUCGUUGUAUUUAUUAUGCUUUUGUAUACAUUUCUCUAUGUACUGCAUUUCUACUCCCCAACUAAGCUGUGUUUUUCCUAUUAUGAUGAGUGCUAACGAAAAGUAGUAUAGAUAUUUGACUGGAACGCACUGUGCAAACUGACCAAGUUUGAACAGCCAGCUUUUUGUAUGCAGAUACAGUGCAAGAUGACACCUUACAUUAUAAAUUAAUUUAUUUUACUGUACUAAUUUAAAUGUUAUUGAGAUGAAGAAGACACCCUUGGCGUAUGCUCAUUUUAAUGCACUUAUUCAUGCGUGUCGUUUUAUGUGUAGCUACAAUAUGCAUGUUGAUAAAUAGUAAUCAUUAACUUGUAUAAAUGACACAUUUGGACAUGCAUUGUACCCCAUUCAAUUUUGUUUGUACUAUUAGCAGUAACUAGGUAGUUCUCCGUUUUUGUCAUUAGCUUACACCACUCAUGCUGUUGUUUGUGAUGGGAAUUACUGGGAGAGCUGUUUUUGUGUUUACAAUACUAUUUCAAACCCAAAUUUUGAAAAUAAUAAAAUUAUUUAAAAAAAACUUAAACUUAACACUGGGGCUCCCAGACAGAACACAAAAAGCAAAGAGUAAUUCGAGUUAAGAAAUGUCAAUAUAAUAUAAAACACGCUUCAUUUUCUUCUAGAUGGUACUUUUGGGAAAUUGAUAAGGGGAGACAUGUUGGCUAAUUUACAGUUUUAUUUACAUUUAAAUAUUAAUGCUACUCAUAAACAUUGAUAAAAAAUUAAAUGUAUGCAUUGAUUUCUCUUUCAGCUUGAGGUAUGACAGCUUUUAUUCGCCUUAUUUUGGAGAGCACUCUAUAAUCAGAAUGACUGUGCUGUAUAUUACUUGCAUGUCAUAUAAGUUUAGUGUUUUCAUGACUCUUUAGUUGGAGUACCUUUUAAACACUGGAGUACCACCAAACCAAAGAGUUACUGAUGUGUUUGUGCUUGAAAUUUUUUUUUUUUCAUUAUACAAAUAUUAGCUAGUAAAUUAAUUCAGAUGUCACAAUAAGAAAGUCUGAAGCUUUGCAUAUUUGACACGACCGAUAAAUGAUCACAGACUGGAUGUAUUUGGGCAAGCAAACAAACUCAGAUAAAUGAACUCGAAUAAAGAACCUCUAACAUGAACUAUUAGAAUAUUGAUGUAUGGUUAUCAAAGCAAUUCAGAACACAAUGUUUCCUUUCUGUUUUCUCAUUGGCUCAGAUUUUCCAAACCUUUGUAAUCUGCUUAACCAUAUUUAUUGCAUUUUCUCUCUUAGCCUACUUGAUUAUAUGGGGGAAACCUGUGUAAAUAUUUGGGAGUGAUGAACCUUAUUUGGUUACUUGUAUGUUGUAAAAUAAAACUUUUUCAGUGAUUGCAAA